AUGAGCGAACAACAAGCGAUUACUAAUGCCGCCACUAGUUCAUAUGAUUUGUUUUCACUGCAAACACCAUCAGAAGUUGGAAAAACUCAUGAACUUUACAAAGCAUUUCGAUUGGUAUCGUCAAUAAUAAAAUCUCCGUUAAGUUUACUUUGUUAUACAAAGAUGGAUAAAGGAUUAGAUACUAGUGAACAAGUCAAUCAUCAUAUUUCAAAUUGUAUCAGCACACCUGGAGAUUUAAAAGAUCUUCCACUUUCUGAAGGAGAAAGCGGUCGUGUAUUAGCCGAUGAUCCAUCAUCAAAAUAUAUUGCUUUACCGAAAAAGUUGAUCGAUCGUGGCGAUAAUUUAAAUAAUGAAUAUGAACGUUUAGCAUUUCGUUUGAUGUUGCUCGUUAUUUUGGGUCAUGAAUGA